AUUGUGCUUGUGGUUGAGGUUUCAUGUGACUUUUAGAGCAGUGGAAAAUACUGAUCAUAUAGGAAGCUGACAGGAAUCGACACAUGUUGCAAUGUUUCUUUAUUACCUGUUUUUUUGUGAAUACUUCGUGAUUCAGUUUCUUGUUCCAUUUCCAUUUCAGAGUGAAGUGUUUGAAAGCAGGCUGUUUUAAUUACAUGUCGUGUUGCAUACGAUUGCCUCAAAGGAAAGCCUGAGCUGAAUGCAGUCUGAUAUUGCUGUGAGGCUUGUUGUAGUGUUCAAAUGUGAAUUGCAUGUUUUCUUCAAUCUGUUGUUGCAUUUCCAUGUUAGGACUUGUCAGUUUCACUCUGUGUCAAAUGCAUUCGGUUUGAGUCACUGGGUAUUGAGUAUUUCAGCUGUGUUUGGUUUGGAAAUGUUGUAAUUGUUCUGGUGCUGUCAAUCAGACACAUCAGUGGAAUUGUGCCAUAGUUUGUUGAUAAUAUUUGACAGAAGUAGUAUGCUUUGCAGGAUCAUAUUUGUGUACACUAUUCAUAAGGUGACAAAACCUUCCAUAUUUUAUUUACUCAGUAAUGACAUUGACUAAGCAAAGACUGUUCUGUAUCUCAUACCAGGAUUGAUUAGUUGUGCUAUUAUUUGGAUUCAUGAGGGCAGCUCACUUUGAUCAUCAUUUGGAUAUAUGGAACUGAGUUUGAUUAUUUUCAACUGUUAAAACAUUGAGAAAGGUAUGAUACUUUAUGGAUGACAACUUCUUAUUAUAUUAUGAUGCGACAUUUCGGUAUAGGUUACACUCUUCUAAAUAAUUGUCAUUUGGAUAUUUGAAACUGGUUUGGGUUUUUUACAACUCUGAAAACACUGUGACAGUGGUGAAAUGUAUUGAAAAAAUAGGUUAAAAUGAAUUUAUCAGCUCUCAUAGAAACAUGUGUAGUUUUACCCAUGUUUAUUUCACUGAACAAUGCAAACCCAGCACAUGACAUAGACUGCACCAAACCUGGAGCAAAACCAUAUGCCUGUGGAAGGGUUCCAGGCAAGCCCACAACUCCAGCCCCUGUCCCGGACACCACGACUGAAGCCUUUUCACAUCGGAAGCCAUGUACUGAUAGUGAAAAGCACAAAAAGGGAUGCCUCCAAAAUGGAGAAUGUUUUGCUGUACAUUUAGGUGGAAACAGAACACUAUCUUGCAAGUGUCCAGAGAUGUUCACAGGUCAGAGAUGUGAAGAGCUAUCACCUGAUAUCUUCGAAAAAUUACGAGAGGAGGAGAAGGUUGUGACAGCCAGCAUAGCAGCCGGUGUGUCAGUACUCAUCAUUUCAUUGACAAUGGGGAUAAUAUAUGCUGUUGUCAAAGUUAAACGAAGACGGAAUCGCCAGGAGACACGGCUGAAUGGGGUUCCAAAAAAAUGGAAAUCUUUUGAGGCCAAUAAAUGAGAAUGAUAGCCCUGAUGAAGGAGAUGAGUCAAUAACAGAAGAUGAGAAAAAACAGACACUUUUAUACAAUAACCACCUUUUAAAUGACAUACACAACUGCAACAGAGAAACAAAUGUAUGAUCAAGACAACCAGGGGUGGCCAUCUUGUUUUCGUUAUGUGACCUUGACCCUAGCAUUUAUCAUGUGACCCCAUGUAAAGCACACAUCAAGAAUACUUCAUCGUUCAUAUCAUUAUCAAUGUUGGCACCAAUACAGUGGGCCAUAUACAACAAGCAUAUAUGAGUGCCAUAGAGUAACAACUGAAGUAUAUAUGAUAUUCCGAAGAACAGUUUUAGUGUGACAUCGGUUAAAAGCCACAAGAGAGAAAAUGACAAGAAUGUAUGAAUGAUGAAUCAUCCUUAUGCAAUUUCCAUACUGUGCAACGCCUGGAAACCAGACAGUCGUGGAAUUCAGAUAGGUGGAAAGAUGAUGGAUAUAUGGCAACUACAUCAGUACACCUUCAACACAGACGACAGUACACAUCUUCCUGGAACAUGGAUUACCUUGUUUGUGAGCCAGAUUGAAAUCUACAUGUGAUGAUGCUUGUUUCCUUUGGUUGUGAAAUGGGCACGAGCAAGUCACAACAGUGAUGAUAGGACAUCAACAGCUAAUUUCUAGGUUUUGUAACCUACAACUACAAGCUUAGAAACAAAUGUGUUCACAGAUUCAUGGAGACCCUUCUUGUUUUUUGGCUAGUCAGUGAUUUUGUUCAGUUUGAAACCAAGAAGAUGGCACCCCUGUUGCACCUUCUGAUUUUAGUCACAAAACUGACUGGAAGGAUUGUGUUUCUGACGGCAAUGGGACAAAUGAAAUGCAUUGCCCACAGGGACUGCUCUUUCAUGGAAAAACAGAUUCUGUGAUCUACAGUUGGUGAAUUGAUUCUGCCAACUGGCAAGUGGCCAUUACUGUAUGUAUAUGACCUUUAAUGAUUGAUCUGUGUGACCUUUGUCACACAUGACAUGUGACAUGGUGACCUUUGACACAGUGUGACCUUGAUCUGUGACACAGUCCAAAAACAUAUCACGGCUGAUAACCUCUUACUAUCACGAAAUGCCUUGUUUUUGAAACAAGUGGUGCUUUAUGGACUUUCAUAUUUCAUAUUUAUUGGUUUAAUCUACUGAAUGUAUGUCUAAAUUAUUUUUAAGAGCAAACUAGGCAGAUAACAUAUAGUGAUAUGUAUCCAGAAAUGAUAUUGAAGAAUUUAGCAAACAAAUCUUCACGUCUUUUGCAUUAGAAGGCGAUGAAGUAACACUGAGUUCUUUUCCCAGUUUUAGAAGCAAGUUCUAGCAGAAAAACAUUUUUUCUUAGGUAUGUUCUACCCUUCCCCUAAAUUCUUAGAAAUAGUACGCAAAAUACUAUUGAACUUAUUAAACAGGCCAGACAUUUUUUUCCUUUAUGGUGGGUUUACGGAUUUGAUAAGGCAGGUGAAAAAAAGCCCAUGAUUUUUUACUUGGAUAUGUGGGUAAUAUGAAAAUAGGAAAUCCUGGUCUGGGUUAAUAAAUCUAAUAUCUGAUAGCAGUAUCUUAUUGGGAUUUCAUUAUCAAAGCAAUCUUAGCAAAUGGUAGUCAAAAAGCCCUGAGUGUUCUGAUUGUUUUUUCUGACUUUUCAAUCCGUAAACUAAGCCCAAAAAGAACCAAACACUGCAAGGCCUUAGCUUUAAAUUGUGAUACAUUCAGUUUGUAUACAUACAUUUUUAUGCCAGAUCAAUGUUAGAGCUUGUUUUACAACUUAUCAAACACACAUUAGAUCUGAAACAAAGUGGAACACUGAAGAACAAGCAAAAAUAUAAAUAUCUUUAUUAAAAAAGGAAUCAUCCAGAUAGUUUGUUAAAAUAUACACCAGAAAGGUUAUUUAGAAAAGCAUAGUUUCAAUAAAACAACACAUUUUACUCUCUGGACAUUCAUUUUCAGAAAGUUUGCAGGCUGUCAUGUUUGAUAAAAACAAACUACCUUUUGAUCAAAAUAUCUCACUGCAAAAGUAAACUCUUCUAAAUACUGUAAUAGAAAAGCUGUUAUUUAUCAGGUGUUUGUAAUACGUAAGGAUAAAUUCAUGUUUUAUUACUGUCAUGAUACAUUUAGAAUAUUCUACUACAACUACUAUUGGCCACCUGGCCAAAAUAUUGAAUACAUUCUGUUUGUUUAAUAAUAAACUUAGUCUGGCCUGAACUUAAAUGAACAAACAUGCACAAUGUCCUUGAGAACCAAAGCGUAUGUGUCAUUUGGCAGGUGAUAGUUGUACAAUAGUGCCAUACUGAUGUGGAAACAUACCAUGUUUGUUAUAGUGAGACCUUAAUAACAUCCUGAAUUAUGCAAGUUGCUUGAUGUAGAUAUAAUACCUGUCAACAUGUGAAUGUGAGAUUUUAUCAAGGGGAAGUCAUUUUAUAAAGUUUUUAGCAUAUUAAUCAUUUUAUUAGAAUUGUCCAUUGUUUAUGCUUGUGUACUCAUAUUGUUUGCAUAUCUGUUACAGAUUGUGAAAUUUUGUUUACCUUUCAACAAUUGACCAAACUUGUUAAUCAAGAACAUCUAUCUAUACAAAUAUGUAAGCAUGAACCAAAUAUUUCUUUUAUUCACUUUUGUGUGUGUUCUAAUCUAGAUUUGUGUUACUAUUCUUUUGCAACUUAUUCAACAUGUAAAAUAAAGGAUGCGCAAACAGUUCUUUAGCAUAGCUUCUUAGGUAUUUGAGUAUUAUUUGGAGCAAAAAGAAAAGUGUCAUACUAACUGAAAAUCCAAAUUUGCCAGUUCAUUUAAAAAAGCAACAAAGUAACUUUCACUAAUCAUUAGAAAUCUUUGCAUAAAGCAGAACCCACUGCAAGUUCCUAACUAUAUUCUUAGCAUGUUUUCCAUAAAUUACUCUCAUAUAGGGAUAAUUCAGGUGUCUACAAAAGAUAAGCACAUCCUGUCCCAAGGAUGGAACCCAUCACAAACACAUGUGAAGGCAAGUCAAUUGUUCAGCUGAAAAACAUGGAGAACAUGGUACAAGAAUAAAUAGGGGAAUGCAUCAGACAUAUGUUUUGCCAAAGCAAAGUUUCUGCGUUAUAAUGAAUUGUAGUUAAAUUGCAAUGUUUUAUUGUGGUUAUCUCAAGAUUAUCUCAAAAUCACCCAAAUGAUAAUAUCAAAGUAAACCAAAUUAUUAUUCCCUUGCACCGUGCAGACUACACAAAGUAACACAGGCUCUGAAACAUAAUUCAUCUUGAGCAUGUACAAGCCAGUAAUGAAACAACUCAUAAUUCAACUGCUCAUGUCAAACUUGAUGUUUGUUGUUAUAUUUUAUGCAGUUUGAAUUGUCAGAAAGCCAAACAAUAUCUCCUUGAUAUUAGACUUUACUAAAUGAAUAAACUUCAAAGAAUAUAGCAGUGUUCAUGUAUUUUUUCAUAUCUUUCUUUUUUGGCUCAUAGAUACAAUGUCGUGAAACGUUAGACAUAAUGCUAUUGUAGGGAUGAUAUGAUGUUUCAAAAGUACAUUAGGCCUAAAAAAUAAAGUUGUGGUUCCGAUUACCCGACCGACCCUUGAAUUCUGGUGCUGACCCUAGAUUUUUUAAGUGGUGUAAAUAAAAUAAGCAUUCAGAUACCAUUGUUUUUUCCCCGGCACCGAUGGACAUCGGUCAUUCUGAUAGAGAAAGUCGACAUGAUGUCAGCAAGCUUGAUUAAGUAAACAAUUACACAUUGAUAAAUGUGUUAUUAGUUUGUACUUUACUUCUAAAAUAAAUGUAAAAAAAUAUAUUCCUACCUACUCUAAAUUUUAAAGAGCUGUAAUCGGGAACAACAACAUUUUUUUAAUAUGGCCUUAUAUGAACAAAUUUUAAUAGGUAGGUCUCUAGUAGAAAUGUCAGUUGACUGUAUUCACAUGGCACAUUGGUUAAUCUUUAUUAUCAUUUUGAUCACAGUCAUGAAUCUUUUAUGCAUCUGUUGCAGCAGUUUGAGGAUGAACUGUGAGCCAGUCAGAGUAAGCAUUAUAUAUAGUAACUGAAGAUGUUGCAACCAGCAAGCAAACAGUAUUCCUUCAGACACAGAAUUUGGGUAUGUCACAUAUCCAUUUAGUGCUGUUUGAUGUAGAAAGCUGUUGUCAAACUACCAGAGGACUUGCUGGUAGGCCUUGGGUGGCAGGGUGAGCAAGUGGUUCAUACAGAUAGCUUGGGUUUGAUUCCCAGAUUUCUUGGUAUCCUGUGAUGUGUGAUGCCUGGAUCAUUGCAAAAACAUCCAAAAUCCACCCUUGCUCACUCACUCAUUCCAAACAGGCCUGCCUGCUGCAUAUGACCGACAAGUAAAUUUGGAAUUAAAUGAAAUUUCAGUGGAGUCUGUGUUACUGUAAAAAUUGUUAAAUCUUUUGCAAAAUAAAUAGUAUCUAAAAUAGAUAAUAGAAGAGACCUGACCUGCUUCAGAGAACAACCUAAGCAUGUUUCUUUACUAUUGCACCCAUCUGAUUCCUUCUACUAAAAUAUUUACAUUUGAUUUUAAGCAUUACUCUUGAUGAAGCAAGUAAGACAUUAAGUUUACUUAAUACAAUUUUCAAGCUAAUAGUAAUAAUUGUGUCUGAAUGUUUUUCUCAUAUUCUGGAAGGAAAGAUACGCAUAUUAUGAUAAAUAAACAGAAGGUUAGUCAUUACAAAUGCUAAAGCCUGCAGAGUGUAUGCAAUCUCUGGAUGCAUUUGUCUUAAAAAGGAUUUGCCUAGUUGUGCUUUCAGGUGCAUGCAGUACACACUUAAUGUAGAAGCUACACUGCCUUACACCAAUCAAAGGAUUGCUGAUGUUGUCAGCGAACCUUUGUGUUUCUUACAGCAGGAAAUUAUUACUUGAACAUGUCAGUAGGUUGACAGAUGGUUUCAUCAUUUUGGUUUGAGGAUGUAGCAGGUUUCCAAAGAAUCCAAUCAAGAAAUUCAUGUUGAAGUUUGUUUUUAGCAUUUUGUGAAUUAUUCAUUAGGGUCAUGAAAGCGGCCAAUUAAGAAAGUAUGCCUCACAUGAGACUUCCAUGUGAUAACUGUUGACAAUUGUUGAAAGUACUGUUGAGUUUUGAAAAUGACAGGUCUGUUAGCCCAUCGGUUGCUCAUUAUAUUAUUAUAGUACAUCUGUGUGUCUGUGUAACACAUACUCAUAUGUUUUGUAAGGACUUGGUUUAAUGUCAUUGCAGCUCAACUGAAACUUAAAGGGAAGUAAAUACUGAAACAGUACUUUUUUAAGUUUUUAAGAAGUACUGGUAAUGUAGUAACAUUGUAGUGAAUCUGUAAGGGACAUUUAAUUAAUCAGAUAUUUCAAAUGUUGAACUAAUUUAAUGAUGGGUACAAUGUAUGAAGUCCAUUUCUGGUGUUCCCUGCCAUAUUGCUGGAACAAUGCUAAAAGUGGCUUAAAACUAAAACUCACUCACGCAUUCAUUAAUUUAAGGAUUUCGCUAAUGUCAAAUGUACUGACUCUCGGAUAAAUUUCCUUGACAAUUUUGCUUAUGAUGCUUGUAGUGUUAACAUAUCAAAGUGGACACAUUGAGGUAGAAGGUAAUUUCAGUCAGCAGAACUAUUCUAUAUUCUGGUGACCAUUGUGUCAUCUUACCUGAGUGAUAUUUAUAUAUUUUCAUUGCAUCAAAUCCUUAUAACAGUCAUCUCAUUAGCACAUACUGAUUUCAUAUCAAUAUUAGGGCAGAUUAAUAUGUUUUUCCCAUUUUUGACUUAUCAUAUGAAUUAUUUUAUUUGCCAUACUAAACCAUAUUAAUUUUAUUUAUUGUUUUGUUUAAAUAGUGGGUAAUCAUUUGUAUUGGAUAUUAAACAUUCAGAUUCUGGUAUAUUUAAUCUUAUUAAAUUCCUAGAUUUAGUAUGUAGUAACCAAGUUUUUGUCCAAAGUCCAAAAUGUUUGUCAUUGCUCAAAAUGAAAAACAUGCAAACUUCAUACUGAAUGGAAAAUGAUCAUAUGCAGUUCACAGUUUGAAAUUAGUUGUGAUAAGAUACUCCUUGCCAGGUUCAUUUAUUAAAUUAAUUUGUUAUUUGUUGUUUAUUUGCUGACAAAUGAUAGGCUUGAUGUAUUGAUUUAUUUUAGCAAUAACCCUUUCAAUAAACCAUAGCAUUUCAUUCAGUGUUCGGAUCCAAAGUUUUCUUUAAGAAUGCCUGAAAAACUGCAGUUUCCAUUUUAAAUAUCUUGAAGCUUAAGUUUGCCAAAAUGUGAGCUUUUUUGAAAAAAUUUGUUGAAAAGAAAUUUAUCUGACUUUCAGAUUGAUAAUAUUACAUGUGCAUGUGUAGUUAAGAGAAAUAGUUGAAUGAAUACUUAUUGGGUUUUUAAGUCUGUUUUUGAUAGCUUAUGAAACAUGAGUACUAUCUACAUGUAAAAAGACAAAACUCUAGCAUUGUUACAUAUGUGCUUACAGGUAUGUCUGAUAUCUUGUUUUGGGGUUUAUGCUGCGUGUAGUACAUUUUUGAAAUGCAGUGAAAGAAUUGUUGAAUUUGUAAAUAAAAUGAUUUACAUGUAAAAAAUAAUAAAUUUUUCAAUGUA